GAUUGUCAGAGUUGGCAGCCAGCUGUGUAUAGCACUGUUCAGCAAGAUUCGCAGCUUCAGCCAUCGUCAGUUCUAUACUCCUUGAGUCCUUGCCAGUACUCGCUCAGUAGUCAGCUCCAACUUGCGCGACUUUGCCCAAUUUGGCUGCAACGCUCAACCUCCUGACCACACCACGCUCUGCUCUGCUCUACUCGCUUCAACUUGCUUGCUCCUAUAUCUGCUCUCUCCGCUCUCAAGGCCUUCGUGAAUGGACCACACAAUGAUGGACCACAGUAAAAUGGACCAUGGACACAUGGGACACGGCGAUAUGGGCGCAGCCGCGUGCUCCAUGAAUAUGUACCUCAACGCAGACAUCAAAAACCUCUGCAUUCUUACUGAGAAGUGGCACAUCACUGGCGUCUGGUCACUUCUACAGAGCUGCAUCAUCAUCAUCCUCUUUGCUAUGCUCUUUGAGUUUAUUCGCGAACGAAUCCGUCGCUAUGAAGCAGGCAUCGGCGCCAUUGACAUCGACAGUUCUCAAGCAGGUACUGUAUCGUCAGAACGAGCAACAAAUCGUACGCCGCGCGCAAUCAGGCAAUCCCAGAUGAUCAAGGCAUUCUUGUAUGCGUUUCAAGUGGCUGUCUCUUAUAUCCUCAUGCUCGUUUUCAUGACAUUCAAUGUCUAUGUCAUGGCAGCCGUCGUCAUUGGCGCAGGUCUUGGCCACUACUUCUUCAACACUGAUCCAGCAAGCAUCGGCAGCAAGUCCAUGGCUUGUCACUGAUGUUCCUCGAAUCUGUAGCCUUUUCGCAAUAUUCGUAUAUCGUAGCUGCUUGAGUAUGGCCGACAUACAUAUCCAUAUGUGAAUCGCAAGCUACUCGCCAC